AUGGAUGAUGACUUUGACAACUUUGGUGGGGACUUUGACUUGGACGAGAACGAGUUUCUUGAGGAUGCUGCGAAUGACCCGUCCGAUGCGGCAGAGUUUGACUACACGCUCUUCUCUUCCGCCCACAACGUAUCGCGCCCCAACGAUGACAAUGACAAUACCAAUAGCGAGGAGGUAAGAGCCGCAACACCGCCUAACAUUCAGGAGCUCUUCCCCAAUGCUGCGCCUGACACAAUGCCCGUGAUUGUUGGUAUCAUCGCGCAGGCAAAACUUGGUGUGGGAGUGGAUCUUUGCGCCCUGAGUUGUGCGACACGGAAUGUGGAGUUCGUCCCACGCAAUCGAACUCCCGCGGCGACGAUGCGACUGCAUGAACCCACUGCAGUAGUACUGGUCCGAACAUCCGGUUUCAUGUCUAUCAUUGGGGCUGCUAGUGUCGGUGAGGCAAAACAAGCUACCGAACUUGCUGCGCGCAUCAUUCGAAAGGCGCUUUCUCUCGACAUCACCACCGUCCAAUUCCGCGUGCGUUCUGUCACCGCGCGGUUUGAUGUUGGUCACCCAAUCCGUCUGGAAGAACUGGCCCAACACGAAGGCAUCUUUUGCAGCUAUGAACCCGAUAGAUUCAGUGGAUGCAUUGUUCGUCUGGCAGGGAAGUCGCACGACAACCAGUGGCAGGUGAGUUGCACAGUGUUCGUUACGGGUAAAGUCAGUAUACUUGGAGCCCGUAGCCAGAAGGAACUGCAGGAUGCAUUUUACACACUGUUGCCCAUUCUUGCACAAUACGCAAAGAAGUGA